UGUCAGCAGUUGUUGGUAUUAUUGUUUACCAUCUUUUCUGAAAGUGGCGGUGGAGGUAGGACCCACCUUCUCAGCCAGACUGAAGGUCCCUCGAAAUAUAAUAGGAACAGAAAUUCAAAGUUUCCUCUUUUUUUUAAAAGGCCACGUCUCUUCGCCUUUAAAUAUACUGUCUACGUACUGGCAGUUAAAUGUAAAUAAAUCCAUUCUCCCAACAACAAACGCAUUGCCCCUUUAAUUCCCAGUCCCUGGAGCUUCAUUCGCCGGGCUGUAACUGGAGGACCAUAGUUAGUUAUUCGGUGCUGUUCCAAGCCCGUGUUAAAGCUGCCUAGUCCCAUUUCAGACAUUUAAGGUGCCGGAGUCCGGCUGAUGGAGCGAAUUCAACCCGAGCCGAACAAGGAGUAGAUGCUUUACCUAACAGAGCAUGACACGAAGCGGAGCGGUUACUGGUGCUUAAUCCACGUCUGUUUGAAACGGCGAAGGGAUGCGACGAGUGUUGUAACUUUAAGGCGAUAAGGUCCAGUGUAUCGCUGUGAUCCGCUGUAGUACGACGAUCGCACCUUGGGGAUGUGUUGCAGGCACCGUUUCUCACUGUGCGCUUGGAGUCCGGCUUGCUUGGCUUGGCUCAUCCCGACUCUGACAUCUAGCAGCGGUGGAUGGCACCUGGAUCGAGUGCGAGGGUUGGCGCGGAGCGGCACCGUGUCACCGUGAACGGCGAGAAGGAGAGGGAGUGAGCAGACUUCCCGAGGCACGCAGCUACGGUCUCACUCUCUAGAUCCACGUGUAAGUUGGAGCACCGGCGCUCGAAGCCACUCGCAACUUGAGCAGCCGCCUUCUCCUCCCACCCCGCCUUGCGCAUCGGGCUAGGAUGCGGCGUUCACACCUGCUCGGGGAGAGAUACGUCUGAACCCGGAGCUCCGCUUUGCUUCAGAGAACAGAACAAUGCGCCUCCGUCUAAUGCGCUACUUGUUGCUGGACCUGUUGGGCUUGUGGUGCCCUGUGCUGGACUGUAUGGCCCAGGGCAAGAGCGGUCAACAACUGGGAGGCAUUGUGGUGGUCUCCGGCCAGAACACCUCAAAAGAACCGGGGGCCCCCGAAAUGCCUCCGAAACCUGAUCGGUGCCGGGGCUACUACGACGUAAUGGGUCAGUUCGACCCUGCUUUCAAUUGCAACACAAGUAUCUACCAGUACUGCUGUGGAACGUGUGGCUACAGAUACUGCUGCCAGUUCAAAGAGUCCAAGUUGGACCAAAGCAUUUGCUCCAAUUAUGACACCCCGAACUGGGCGAACGCGAGCAAGUACCCACAGAGACCAGACGAAAGUACAUUUGAUCACGCCAGGGAUAAAACGAACUUAAUUGUUUAUUUCAUUUGUGGCGUUGUGGCUAUCAUGGUCCUGGUGGGUAUUUUCACCAAACUUGGACUCGAGAAAUCGCAGAGACCUCAGCGAGAACUGAAUGUCUCCAGGGCUCUGACGGAUGCAAUGAAACAACAGGGGCAAUGUACCACCAGUCAUUUAGAACGAGAUGGUAAAGUUGCAAUUCACGUGCAGCAUGAAAGCAUGCAGCCAACAACUUCAAGGAACAAUUUUGACCAGACACAGAUGAAUAAUGUGGGCCCAACCUACCCUCUGAUCUCACAGAUGGCCCAACCUCAUUCUUAUUCCACCUUGGGCCAAGGUUCUCACUCCUUUGAACAGCAAGUCCCUGGCAAGGAACUUAACAAGUACGCCUCACUAAAAGCAGUGGCUGAAAAGGCAAAUGACGACUUCUUUGCUAAGCGCCAACAUUUUGCAGAACUUGCAGCAAAAGGGACCUUGCCCCUGCACCCAGUGCAGAUGCCAAUGGACCAUGAUGACCCAGUGCAUGGCUCGGACACCUUCAAUGCCAAGCUACCCGGGCAGAGGAACAAAAUCACCAAGAUGCACACGCAUCCAUUGGUCUUCGAUUCUGACUACAAAACCUGGGACACAAACGACACUACCAUCCGCCGGCAGGCCUAUGCCAACAAGAGACCCUGCACAGUGGGUCCGCUGGCUGAGAAAGCCAGCCCUCAGGCACAGCAUUACCUGGGGCAGCAGCCGUACUUUGUAACCAACAGCAAAACAGAAGUGACCGUGUGAUGAUCGGCACCUUUUUUAUUUAAAGAAAAUGAAUAAAGAAACCUGUUGUUCAAGAAUUACCUAUCCCAGAAUUCGAAGAGAUUUGAAAUGUGCUCUAGUUGUCAUCCAAUGCGAUUGGGCUAAGGUAUCUGAAAUAUGAGCAAUACACACUGAAGGGUUAAUAACAAAGGACUUUCUGUUGAAAAACAUAAGUUGUGAAUUUUCUUAAACAAAAUGACCAGUUCAUAUUGCAAUAGCACAUUUCAGUUUUCUGUUGGAGGCUAUUGGGACGUGUGAAUGUUUAAGACAAUUGGGAGCAUGCUUUCUGUAGUUUUCUAACUUCCUCUAUGUACUUGGAAAAGGAAGGGUGGAUACAGCAUACCCUGUCUUAAACAGAGAUUUUUGAUCAGCUUGCUGACUCUUAGCUGCCUUCAGUCUCAUUGGGAAGACUGGGUAAUGUAGGUUGUGCCUUUACUCUAGAUAAUGGAGCCGCUCACAUUGGUCAUGGUUGGCAACCCACUCGCGCCGUCUAAUCUCUACUAAUAAUAGUGCUGCAUUCUGUACUUUGUUCAAGAGAAUGGUUUAGUAGGCCAUUAAGAUCAAAUAAUAUCACUCGGUUGCAUUCUAUAUUUAUGAAGUAGAACUCUUGAAUAUUUCCUCUCAAUUAAUUGGUGUCAUGGCCUCUCUCAGAAGGUCCUGAGGUUAGCAGCUGAAAAAAAUGAGCGAUAGAAAAUAAAGAUGCACUUCAUUCUAUCCUAUUUCAGAAAGGAAUCACAAAUUGUGUUCUACUACUCCUAUCAUCGUUGUUUUUAUAUCAAGGGUACAAUUUUUAAUAAGUGAAUGUGCAUUUGGAUUUGGUAAACAACAAAUGAUUAUCUCCAGUGCUGGGGGCAACUUGUUUUCACCUGAAUUUUGUGUAUGAUGGAUGGGUUCAACAGGAUGUCCUACAGUAUCUGCUUCCUGGAUGCUUUAAUUUCUUCUGUUUGGAUCAGAAAAUGGGGCCCUGACAGCAUUAGGCAGAGUUCUAAAAUCUGCACCCCAUCGAGUUAACUUAUUACAUAUAUACUGUACUCGAAAUGAAAGUUUUAUUCCCGUUCUUCAUGAAACAUGUAGUUUCCUGUUUUAUGGGCUGCAUAAUGAGUUAUAUUCAUAAACCCUGUAGAAUGAUUUGUAGCCCAAAGGCUAAAGGAAGAGACCUUUAAUUCAUUUCUCAAUAGUUUACUCCAUCCAUAUAUGCUAAUACCAUUCAUCUUAUGGAUUUAAACACUUCAGUGAGCCACCGACUUAUUGUAAGUGGAUCUUUGGUCUAGCCUUGCGUUCUGCCGUCUCUCGAGGCUGCCUCAAAUGGAACAUAAGCUCUGCAGCACAGUUUUGGAGGAUUGGAGGUAAGGAUAGAUAUUUAUACUGUCUGCUGGCACUGGACUGCUGAAGUGCAAACAAUGUUUCGUUGCCCAGAUUCAAUAGACAUCACUGUGAUUGGUGCAAAGCUGCACCAAAAAUAAAUGAGCAGAAACAUGUAAAAAGCCACUGAAGCAGCUUUCAAACCAAGUCCCAGCACUGGAGUGGGACGAACGGCCUAUUGUGUCUCUCUCAUUCCAAAUUCACACUUAGUUAGCAGGUCAUUUUGGCACAAAUGCCAAGUGGAUAACUUCCCAAAUCCAUAGUUGGCAUACUCUGAUUCACUUGUGGGUGAGGACUUCAUUUAGCUAGUUACUGCAGGGGCAAAGUAGUAGACCGUGGCUUGCAGGCAUGUCCUGGCUGGAGUUUGAGGUAGAGCUGGGGCGGAGGGGCAGGGCAGAGGAAGGGAUACUCCAUGAAAAAGGACCAGCAUCAGAAUGGAAGAUUUAUGGAAUUCAGAGCCAUAUUUACAUCCCUUUAGUCCCAUAAAAACCUUAUAGAAAAUAAACGUCUUAUAGUGAGACCUUAGAAGAAUGUUUGCAGGCUGUUAUCUAGCCUUGUUGGUACCUGGAAUAACAGGCAUGGAGUCACUCAACUAGAACCAGGCCCAUGUUAUAAACUUAAAUCAUCUUUUUGUGGGUCUGGACACAACUGCUGUCUGCUUAUUUAAGGGUCUGGUUGAAAGUUGAUUCUCAAGAACCCUUCUUUGUUGGACCACUGGCAAUGCUAAUUCAUAGCUGGUCAUGCCAAGAUGAGUUUUGAUCUAAAAGGGUGAAUGGCGAGCAGGGCUGAGGAAAGCAAGGAAAUGGGAGGGAAUUUGACAGAUGGCCAUCAAUCCAUAGGACUUCCUUACUAUAGGAGUGAUAUUUAAAGUAUGCAUAAGGAUAGGGAGGCCUAAGUUUCCCUGAAGAAUACAGCAUGUAAUAAACUGAAUACAUUGCAUGACUACCUUUUCCUCCCUGCAUUACUGCUUUUACUGUUCGCUCACCUGUUCUGUGACUACAACUUUCCAUUGUAGCAGUCUUACAUUUCAAUAACUGAGCAAGCCAGCAGUCCUUAAUUGUGGCACUUUAAGUCCUCAAAGCACCAAAUAGAGUAUUCCUAUGUUUUUGUGUGAACGUCAUUCACUGAUACAAUGGUCUUUCUCUCUUUACAGCCUGUGGCAGCAUUUCUAAAGAAAAUUCUUCCCAAUAUUUUGCUCAAUGUUUAACCUUCACUCAGCAUCAUAGCAUCCAGCGACUUGGGCAUUAUGACACUUGCUGUGUGGUUGUUGGCUACAUUGUUCCUACCUUGCAAAUGUGCCUGCAUUUCAAAAGAUCUUCAUUAGUUGUAAAGUGUUUUGGAAUGACUUCAAGGGGAGAUCUUCCUCUCCCACACUUCUGUGUACCUUGUUUUCUUGUUUGCCUUUUUCUCCUGCUUCUGAGUUCAGUUUGCAUUCAAACCAUUAUUUGUUUUAGGAUUCACCUAAUGUCAUGCUCACAUAACUGUAGAAUUUGAGGAUCAUUAGUGAUAUAGGGAUUUUGAUUUCACAACCGUAACAUUAUUUAACAUGCCUAUUAAGCAUUCUCUCUGCUUAAUGGUAGUAUUUUCAAGGCAACUUAGCAACAAUUUUUGGACCCAAUAUUGCAGCAAUAUUAAAUGGUGUUUAUACCUUCGUAAUACCAGAAGCAUCUGGCAUUGGUACUUGUGCUGUCCAAGUUGUGGGAGCUUUUCAAUGGCCUUCUUCUGAUGUUUUUGCAGAGAGCUCAUCACAAAUAAUGCGAGGAGUGUCAGCCAGAGAGCCCAGAGUAAAAGGAGACACCAAUUCUAAUUGAGAUGAUUUUUAAUUUUUCUUGAGCAAAUUGCUCAAAGCUUAUAGUUGUUUGAGUCUCUUCUCCUCAAUGUUGCACCCAGUUUUCCUGCAUCAUAGUCCAGAUCACCCUCACUUCUGUGUAUUCAUGGACAGUAGUUGGAAUAAAUGCUACAUGACAGUGAGUGUUGGCUGGGGAAAAAAACAUUGUUUGCUUGUUAUGCUCACUACAAGUGCUCAAGUUUGCUGAAGGCAGAAUGUUUACCUCACAGAAGUGGCAGGCUCAGACUGAAGGAUGCAAAAAGAAGUAAAUGUUAAAAAUGUUCAUGUUUUAAUUCCACAGAGGAUUAAUUUGGUUUAGUGUAUAAGAAUUUAAACAGUGUACAUAGAUCAAAACGCAGAUUAUAGCCACAUUUUAAAUAUGUCCUUGCCCAGCAAUUGAUAUUAUUCGUGUACCACUGACCCUGCCGCAUUCCUGCUUUAUGCUGAGUAUAUGUCUACUGUGGAAUUAAUGUUGUGGUAUUGCUGCACAUUUUAUAUAAUAGUCGAUGUAACAGAAUUUUUCUGAAUGCUUUUUCCUGUUAUGUGCAUAAAAUAUUAAGGAAACUUUGCUGUGCAUUUGUGCAUCUUUUAUUUUUCCUGAGCAAAAACUCCAAAGUUGUACUUCUCUCUCUCACUAGAGAGUCCUACAAUCCAUGGAUUCAGAAUGCUCUCCAUCUAUGAUGCUCUGGCCAAGAGGAGAAAAUGAAUUCAUAGGAAAAUUUUAGUGCAGUUCACUCCAUGAUGCAGGCCAAUGGCAUAUUAAUCUGCCUGUUGAAUAUUCUGACACAUUUAAACUAUAAUUUUACAGCCAAUUACAGUUAAUGCUUGAUUGCCUUAAAGAAUCUUUUGGCUUAUUAAGAGCCAAUAAGUGUGUUUUAUACCCACACUGAGAUGUGUACGAGAGGACACCAGGGUGCAAAUAGAGCCCUGGCUACCUGCACAUCCAUAAGACCAUAAGACAUAGGAGUAGAAUUAGGCCAUUCAACCCAUUGAGUCUGUUCUAUCCACAGUCCAUCCACUCUAUCACAUGAGGAAAAAGGACAAAUGUGAACACAUUCACUCAUAACAUCAUGGACGGGUUUAGGUUCCCCAUCAAAAGCAACCAAAUUUAAGAUCCUGCACACGUACUGUGCUAUCAACAAACGUUUCAGAUGGUGGGAUUAACAAAAUUAACCGUGUUCCGCAAAACAGAGCGAGAGGUAGCAAAGUGGAGGAUGUCUAUCAAAACAUCAAAGGGAGAAGAACCCUUGUGUUCAAUUCAGUUCAAGAGCUGGGUCAUUCAGAAAUCCCACUUAAUGAUAAUGGUCAUGAUUAUGCCCUACUGUGGAUGCAGCAAUGCCUGAGUAUAAUGCACAGACUUACUGAAUUACAGGAGGACAGUGAGAAAUUGGAAUGUUUCAGUGAAUAGAUAAUUCCUAAGUGUAGGGCUCCCCACUGUGGGGAUCCGUAAGCAAAGACUACUGUUCUAAAUGAUGAGAAUGGGGCAUGGGUGAGGCUGGAAUCAGCCUUGAUGAUGGUAUUUGCAGACCCUAGCUGGAUUACUACAGUAAAUGAAUGAAACCUAAAAGACCUAUGGAUGUCUCUGGAAUCGUAUUACAUUAUCACACAAUGAAUCAUUGUCUUCAGAAGAGAAUUUGGUAGGGAAAGAAGUAAGGAGAAGUAAAAAGUUAUUAUUUUGUGCCCCACACAAUAACAUCAGUCAGAUCCAGGUUUGCUUUCCUAGUUUGAAAUGGAUGUUGGCAUAAUAUGACAAUGCCGUAAUAAGUGUUGUUAUUUAAGUCCUUCCCUUGUUAUUGCUUGCUUAUCUGUCCCCGGACACUAACUCUGAGAUCAUAUCACUACAGUAACUGAUUCUUGAUUUGAAAAAAACAUUACACAGGAUUCAAUGAUUUCAGCUAAGGAGUCUAAAAUUAGAUUUUUUUUCUUUUUACAAGAGCAACUUUAGACCUAACAUUACUUUGAGUGACAGUAUCCCCACUAUUUUAAAGCCAAUAUAUCAAUUCAAUAGAGUACCCAAGAGCUUAUUGGUAACUGUUGAUUGCAGUACCAAGCACCAAUAUCAAAACUAAGAAGAGUAGUUUGGAUUUCAUGUCAGUUUGUGCCCUUUUCAUUUAGCACCAGCUCAAAAGCUUAAAAAAAAUUGAGAAAAGUAAAUAUUUUAUUAAAUAUUGUGCAACUAAAAUCAAGUUUACAAUAGCAAAUGCAAGAUCUUGAUCUAUAGAAAUCAGGAAGAAAAGGCAGGCCAAGAUGGAAGAAGCAGUAUGAUUCCCUAACAAUUGGUUUCUUGUCUUUGCUUUGUAUCUAUACUGAGCUGUGCAGAGUAAAUUAUGAGAAAAUAAACUGCUUUAUAUUAAGAUUAUGGAGUCAUACAACAUAGAAAAAGGUCAUUUGGCCCUUCAUGUCCAUGUCAAUUUUCGAUCUACACUAAUCCGAGUUACUAGCACUUUAUUUGCAUUAUUUUCAAACUUCAGAUUAAGCUCUGCCUAAUAAUAUAAAACCAUGAGAUACAGGAGCAGAAUUAGGCCAUUUGGCCCAUUGAGUCUGCUCUACCAUUUCAUCCCCUUCAGCCUCUGCUUUCUACUUGUAGCUUUUCAUGCCCUGACUAAUCAAAAAUCUAUCAACCUCUGCCUUAAAAAUAUCCAAUGACUCCAAAGCCACCUGUGGCAACGAAUUGCACAGAUUCACCACUCUCUGGCUAAAGAAAUGCCUCUUCACCUCCAUUCUAAAUGGAUGUCCUUCUACUCUGAGACUGUGUCCUCUGGUCUUAGUCUGAGGUAGGUCUCAACUUUUUAUCAGGACAAUGAGAUAUAUCACAUUAAGGGAGUGGACUAGUGCUUGGGAUCUUAAUCCCUGCAUCCCUAACAGUCAGAUAUUGGGAAUUCAUUGUUUCCUUAUCAUUAUCUAUGUCUGCACAGUUUCUGUUGUGCAAUCUCUCAAGAAAAACAGUGACUUUUUUGACAAAUGCUAUUCUGAGCUUAACGAUGAAAAAUCAUAAAUAAUUAGCAACUGUACGUGAUCACAGGCCAGUUUAUAAUCAUUAUAAUAUAGUGUAAAGCUUUUAGGCCUUUUAUUUUACUUUGGUGCUACAUUUUUGCCAUUAGCGGAUCUUUAUCAAGCAGAUCUUUAAUCCUUUAGUCCCCAUGAGUGAGUGAGUGCUGAUUCUAUUUCAAGGUUUCCAAUUUACAAUAUAGCUGGCCAAUAUUUUGAUCAGUGUCACCUUGAUGCCCUUCAUCAGGUGAACGAAUCUGAAGGAUUUAUUUACAACAGUAACUAAUAUCUAAUGACAUGCAGUUUGGAAAUAAUUUAAGUGUAUAUGCAUAAUUAUUUUGCUAUGUGUAUUGUCUUGCUGUGAACUGCUAUUAAUGAGCUUGUAAAAAUAACAUAAUUUACGAUGUCAUCUAUAGUCUUGGUUGAAAUAUUUCUGGUUACGUUAUGUUUAUAUUAAAUGUUGAAAUAAUGUUUGUAAAGAAACCUUACAAUGUAUUGGACUAAAAAUUUCUUACUUGGCAAUAAAA